CAGGGUUGCCCUGCUGGGCGGGGCCCUGAUUUCCCAGCAAAGGUCGAGAGAAAAAUACCAGCCGCAGAUCUGGAGUGUGCAUUAUUUCUGGUUGGGUGCUGCUAUGCCCCAUUCGGAGCCUCAGGAGCGUGUUGUGGCGCUUGGACCACCGCGUCACCUUGCAACUUUGGACCGGGGCUGCCUUCCUUUGUGCCUUAUUUUUUUGCCAAAUCAAGCGGCAUGUCCCCACCUUUCGGCGCGGUACUCAAAUCAAUCAGUCAAUCAGCACCACGGCACUCGCAUGUCGCGUCAGCUACAAAAGGCCCAUCCCCCCUCGCCGGCUGCAUUUCUUCCUCCAUCAACCAACUCUCCCACAAACUCUUCCACGCCCAUCAAAUCGCCAGAUCCAUCCAGAACUUCAGUUCACUUCGUCUUACUUACCCACCAACCCAUUUUAAAAAAACGCCAAAAUGCCCCCCAAGGCCGCUGACAAGAAGCCCGCCAACAAGGCCCCCGCCACUGCCUCCAAGGCUCCCGAGAAGAAGGAUGCUGGCAAAAAGACCGCUGCCUCUGGCGAGAAGAAGAAGCGCACCAAGGCGCGCAAGGAGACCUACUCGUCCUACAUUUACAAGGUCCUCAAGCAGGUCCACCCCGACACUGGUAUCUCCAACCGUGCCAUGUCCAUCCUCAACUCUUUCGUGAACGACAUCUUCGAGCGCGUCGCGACUGAGGCUUCCAAGCUUGCCGCCUACAACAAGAAGUCCACCAUCUCAUCCCGUGAGAUCCAGACCUCCGUGCGCCUCAUCCUUCCCGGCGAGCUUGCCAAGCACGCCGUGUCUGAAGGCACCAAGGCCGUCACCAAGUAUUCGUCGAGCACGAAAUAGGUGGUUGGAUGAUCUUGUCUUUUCUCUCUCUUUUUUCUCAAUAGGGCAUAGGAUUUGCUUUGGCAUUUGGGAGUCAUGAUGAGGCUUGCGCCAGGGCACACAAUCCUUGGGGUCUCUUAAUGCAACGCGUCACGGAUGGUCUGCUUUUUAUGGGGGCAAUGUUUUUUUAUCGGUCAAUUACGGGGUUUUUGCGGUUGUACACUACAUACCUUGAUAUCAGGGUUUUGGGCGAAAUGAAAUCGUGCAUAUGAACAAACCCACCUGG